AUGGCUAAUGACCUGUCAAAUCAACUAGAAUCACGUUGUGUUUCAGUGCUCGCAUCCGACGAUGAGGAACGCCUCAUGGUGGACGUGUUUCGUGGCUACAAUUCACUCAUUCAACCAACCAGAAAUACCAGCGAUAUGCCAAUCACUGUGAAGGUCGCAUUGCAACUUGUCUUACUUAUAAACGUGGAUGAGAAGAAUCAGGUGAUGCAUACGAAUGUAUGGCUAACAUUGAAAUGGCACGACUUUCAAAUGCGAUGGAAUCCGGUGGACUACGGUGAGAUUAGAGAGAUACGAGUUAGCCCAGAUAAAGUCUGGUUACCUGAUAUCGUCCUUUUCAAUAACGCUGAUGGUAAUUAUGAAGUGUCAUUCAUGUGUAAUGUUGUCAUAAACAACCAUGGUGACAUGUUGUGGGUACCACCUGCAAUCUACAAAAGUUCAUGUAUCAUCGACGUAGAAUUCUUCCCAUUCGAUGAACAGGUGUGCACGUUGGUAUUUGGAUCGUGGACGUACAAUGAGAAAGAGAUCAAAUUGGAAUUCGAACAAGCCGAAUGGGUGGAUCUGUCGGAAUACGCGCCGUCUUCUAUUUGGGAUGUGAUGGAUGCUCCUGCAUCGCUCGUGAACAAACGAAGUCGAAUUGAAUUCCAAGUACGAAUCAGGCGGAAGACAUUAUUCUACACCACUGUAUUAAUUAUUCCCACGGUACUGAUGACAUUUAUAAGUAUGACGGUGUUUUUUCUUCCAACUGACUCAGGAGAAAGAAUGACGUUGACAACGUACGUGCUACUUUCCAUAGUCGUCUUUCUGCUACUUGUAUCAAAAAUCCUUCCACCGACAUCAAGUACUAUUCCGCUGAUGGCAAAGUAUCUUUUGCUGACGUUCGUCCUCAAUGUUAUCACCAUCUUAGUCACAGUAAUUAUUAUCAAUGUCUAUUUUCGUAGUCCAACAACUCAUCGAAUGCCUCAGUGGGUACGAACAUUGUUCCUUGAGUGGAUGCCUUUUAUGAUGUGCAUGCAACGGCCGAGAUCUACGUCUCGUAAGUUGAUGGGUCCUAAGAAGAAAGAUGUAGCUCAACUACCUGGAAUUGGACAAUUCGUCCUCAAAAAAGCAAAACAUCAUCCACAUUGCCCAAGCGCUGAUUCGAGGGCAGCUUUGAAGUUGGCCUAUAGCUCGGGUGACAUUCCUUCAGAUCCCACUACUGCCCGCUUCCACCCAUUAUCACCUGACGCACUUUCCGCACUGGAUGCCAUCGAAUACAUUACAGAUCAUCAUCGGGAUGAAUGGAAGUAUGUUGCUAUGAUCAUCGAUCGCCUGCUGCUUUGUGUAUUUUUUGGUAUUACGGUAGGAGGCACGUGUGGAAUUCUAUUUAGUGCACCGUAUGUUUUUCAAGGUAAAGAUUGGUUCAAGAUUUUAGACAGAUCAGCAGGUAUUUCUCAUUUUGCGUGA